AUGACCCCUAAGAAGACGCGUAGUAUUCGUGAUUUAAUGCCAUCCGCAAGUGCACCUCUCCCAUAUACUCCUUUACUAAAUCCUCCUAUUCCCGAAGAAUCUGGAACAGCUCCUGAUGAGCAAGACAAGAAUGAAGUCAAUGAAGCAGGUGAAGAGCAUGAGUUGCAUCUAAGGACGGCGUUGAAGACUCUAAAGGAUAACCAAUUGUAUGCUAAGUUUUAUAAGUGUGAGUUUUGGAAGGAGAGUGUUAAAUUUCUUGGGCAUAUUGUUUCAGAAAAAGGCAUUGCGGUUGGUCCUAUGAAGAUUGAAGCCGUGGUGAAGCGGGAACAACUCACAAACAAAAACAAGUGGCCGGUUUGGUUUCAACCGCUGUACUUAGCAGUUUCGAAUAGAUUCAAUCCCAGCCUUUUAAUCUUCAUCGGACGGUUUAAAGAUGUUAGGGCAACACUACAAGAAAGGCUGGAUCGAGCGAAAGCAAAUCCUACCACCAUUCCUGCAGCAACCCGAGAAAAACGGCCGUUCUCUCCUUCGCUUGAACCCACCACCAAAACCGGCUGGGAGCUUCGAUCUGAGCAUUCCCCGAGCUCCCUUAACCUCAUCCACACCCUCCAUGAUGACCAGAUCAAAGGAAAACCUGGCAAUAUGAAAUCUGCCAUGGCCGUCCUUCUUCUUCCUCGCUCGAAGGACGGGUCUGUGCGAUCAUUAGUGGGCCUCCUUGCAGCCGUUUCUCCCUCCGUUUCUUCCAGAUCCAGGAGCAGGUAAUCAAUCGUACGUAUUGGGCCGUUAGUUAACAACAGAAAUCUGAAUCGAGGAAGACAUUCAUCUAAGGUGAGGACUCACCCUUUGAGCUUCCCACUUGAUUUAAUCAAUCUAGAUAUAGAUGAUGGCAUGAUUCCUUUAACUAA